AACCCAACAAACGCAGCAGAUAACAACCUCUAAAAACCACGCUAGGGUUUUCGAAGGUGUUGUUGAGCUCUCUCGCACACAGUCGAUACAGUGCGCCAUAACCUCGGAGGCUCAGCUACCGCCCCUCUGAGAUCUUGUAGCUCAGAAUCCCAAAAUGGCGAGAGGGUUGAAGAAGCACUUGAAGAGGCUUAAUGCCCCAAAGCAUUGGAUGCUUGACAAACUUGGGGGAGCAUUUGCACCCAAGCCUUCAUCAGGACCUCACAAGUCCAGGGAAUGUUUGCCAUUGAUCCUCAUCUUGCGAAACAGAUUGAAGUAUGCUCUUAAUUACCGUGAGGUUGUUUCUAUUUUGAUGCAACGACAUAUCAUGGUUGAUGGGAAAGUCAGAACUGAUAAAAAAUAUCCUUCAGGUUUCAUGGAUGUUGUAUCAAUCCCCAAAACAAAUGAGAAUUUCCGGCUCCUUUACGAUACCAAGGGCCGGUUCCGUCUCCACUCGAUCAGGGAUGAAGAGGCAAAGUUCAAGCUUUGCAAAGUCCGGUCUGUGCAGUUUGGCCAAAAGGGUAUCCCAUAUUUGAACACCUAUGAUGGGCGAACCAUCCGCUACCCUGAUCCUCUCAUCAAGGCCAACGACACUAUCAAGCUGGACCUGGAGAGCAACAAAAUUGUUGAUUUCAUCAAAUUUGAUGUUGGGAAUGUAGUGAUGGUUACUGGUGGAAGGAACAGAGGUCGUGUUGGAGUUAUUAAGAACAGGGAGAAGCAUAAGGGAACUUUUGAGACAAUUCACGUUCAGGAUGCCACUGGCCAUGAAUUUGCUACUCGAUUGGGCAAUGUGUUCACCAUUGGCAAGGGCACCAAGCCAUGGAUAACUCUUCCCAAGGGUAAAGGUAUCAAGCUGACCAUCCUUGAAGAGGCCAAGAAGAGACUUGCAUCCCAAGCAGCAGCCACAGCUUAAAGAAGUACUUUGUAGCCAUCAAAUAUGUGACUUUGGCAGGUGUUUGUUUUUGUCGUAGCUGGACCUUAUUAUGGAUUUUUAUGCGCCAAAUUUUGCUCUUGCUUACGGUUGGUACUGGUAAAUUAAUUGUUGAAUUAUGAGUUUUAGUACUUUGUUUUCAGGAAAGCUAUUCAUCGGAUUUCCCCGCUA